UCUCUUCACCAUGAAUUUCUCUAUCGUCUUUGCUGGCCUCUGCUUGGUCGCUGCCACCAGUGGCUCCAGCUACGACGUCUACCCCACCGAUGAAGAAAGCGUCUUUGAUUUGUUCAACAAGUUCAAAUUCGACUUUUCUAAAACGUAUCAUUCCUUCCAAGAAGAAAAAGUGAGGUUCUUCAACUUCCGUGAAAAUGUACAUAGGAUAAAUGCAAAAAACGAAAUCCAUGCCGGAAUCACAACUUUCAAAAUCAACCAAUUUGCCGACAUGUCACAGACAGAAUUCAGAAACAGGAUUUUGAUGACGAGUACGGUGUCUCCCGACUUUGAGGAAAUGCAGAGCCAUCAGGCCGAGAUUUCCCCAGAUUUGGAGGAACUUGUGGCUCCACAGCAUUUUGACUUUACCGGUACAGGCGCUGUGACGUCAGUUAAGAACCAGGGAGAUGCCGGGACUUGUUGGGCCUUUGCUACAGUAGGUAACCUGGAGGGUCAGUACUUUAUGAAGACCAAGGAGAACGCUACGUCUCUCUCCCCGGAACAGCUUUCAGACUGUUCGUCUUUCUACGACAAGAAGAUGAAACAUCCGACUUGUGGUCCCAACGGGGGCUGGCCUAAUGCCGCCUACCAGUACGUGAAACAGGCAGGGGGCAUCAACACAGAAGAGGAUUACCCUUACUGUGUAGGUAAAAAUCCAAGAUGUAAACCGUGUGCGCCGCCGAACUACAACGCCACAGUUUGUUACACCUCUUGGCCUUACGGUCCUGGCACUUGCAAGAAGUCCGAAAGUUGCAGUGCAAAGAUCAAGCCAGAGAAAUUUGUGCCCGCCAUUAAGGUAAAAGAUUAUCAGUAUGUGCCGAAAGACGAGGGAGUCAUUGCCAAAUUGUUGAUUAAGAACGGACCCCUGUCUAUAGUCUUUGACGCCUCAGACAUAAUGAGCUAUUCUGGUGGGGUACUGAAGCCUCAUUACUGCACGCCUGGACAAUUUACCCACUGUGUUUUGUUGGUGGGCUACGGCCAUGACAAGAAAUCGGGACUGGACUACUGGAAGAUCAAGAACUCCUGGGGCGAAACCUGGGGGGAGGACGGUUACUUCAAAAUGCAGAGAGGGGUGGGAGCAUGUGGGGUCAAUCUCAUGGUCAGCUCCGCCAUUUUGGAGUGAGUGAGAUGGUGGAUGAGUGAGGGAGCGAGUGAGACUAAAGUGACGGAAUUUCACAAAAUGGAAGAGUUUUCCUGGCGAGAUUUGACGUCAUUCUCCAUCCAUUGCUAUUCGGUGUUUACGUUCUGGUCGUCACAUAAUAAAAGGGAAGACACGCCCUCUACUUUUUAGAUUCAACCUGUGUUCUAACUCGUCAGGAAAACGUAUUGUUUUGGGUCACAAAAACAGUCUACUGUACAUGCUACAGAUUUGAUCGCUGGAACAAAUUUUAUUUGUGAUAAAGGUGGCAUGCAAAACUGUAAAUUUAAAGUAAAUGACAAUAUCUAUUUUCCCCUACAGCAACAUGUUGUAAAUCAUUAAUAUUUUUUUGAAUAACAAACUUUGAAAUCCUCAAUAAAAUAUCUGGCUUCCU